AUGAGUAUACCUCACAUCAAUACUAUCGAUUUUGGACAGCCCACUGCAUCUACACAAAGUGGAGUAGGUGAAUCAGCCCACAGUUCAGGACCUGGAGCAUGGUUCCUUGAAGACGAUUUUGAUGUCAGUGCGCUUGAUUUCUCAAUAACCUCUACGAUAUCCGAAUGGGCGCAGAUCCCGAAUGUGUUUCCUGUUGCGAGUCUAUCUACUGGAGAGCAUGAUGUUUUCACCCCCGUUCGAAGCGCUGUUCAAGAUAUUGAAGCUUCAAACAUGGCUGGGGACACAGUCAAGCGAAAAUGGUUCACCCAUAUGUCGCCAUCUGAUGAGAACCAACCAAAUCGAGAAUUUGCCGGCAUAGGAGCAAACUUGCCAGGACAAACGAAGGCAAAUGAAUCUUACCGAGCUGGACUAUCCCAAAAGCUCCGUCGACCUAUGGAGGAUGAGGUACUACCAUCCUCAGAGCAACUGAACCUCUUUGCCAAAUUAUACUUUCAUCGGUUUCAUCCUUUAUUACCAGUCAUACAUGCUCCUUCAUUUCGGCCAACGGUGGAAAACUCUCUAUUGUUCCUCUCAAUCUGCUCCAUUGGCAGCUUAUUUGUCGGGUCUUCUCGGGCACUGGCUCAGGGAUCACGCAUAUUUGAGCGGCUGGAUAAAGCGAUUUUAGCAUCAUGGGAAUCCUUCUUGUCGGAAAGCCGACCAGAUGCCCUGUCUAUGGUACAGGCUGCUAUUUUGGGUCAAACCUAUGCUAUUCUAGCUGGGAAGCCCAAGUACCUUGUUCUGGCAGAUGUAUUGCACGGGACAGUUGCCUCAUGGGCCCGCGAAGCAAAUCGAUUAGGUGCUCUUUGCAGCCAACCACAAGAUAUUCUGAGCAGCGCAGAUAUUGAACAAAGUUGGCAUCGAUGGAUUGAUAGCGAACAACGUGCCCGAGUUCAAGCCGCAUUGAAUAUCCACGAUGCCGAGCUUGCUGCUCUGUAUCACCACGAACCGAUUCGCAGUCAUCGACUUCGCCAAUUUCCCCAUCUGGCAUCUGACGAAUUGUUCUCGGCUCCUACUGCGUCCAAAUGGGAAGUUCUUCUAAAGCAAUCAAUUCAAAUCCAGAGUGAAAAUCAAUUGAAAGCUCAACUCUCUACCAAUCCAUUCCCAGUCACAGGCCAAGACUCUAGAUUUACUGCGUAUGGAAUCCUUGAAGGAAUCAGCGCUCGUCUCAUAGAUGCCAAAAAGUCGCAAGCGUUCGACCAUCUAGUCUGUCAAGAUACCUCCAAUCUCUUGAUUCAGUGGUGGCAGACAUACCAUACGACAGGCCAAGACCCGUUUUGUCUACCCGUGUUGUGGCAUUCCAUUUUCAUAUCGCUAUACGCAGACAUGGACCUUCUAGAACGAGCAGUCGGGCGAGAUGGUCGGGCCCCGGCCCUGGAAGCAUCGGGAUCGGCACGAGAAUGGGCCUCUUCUGUGGAUGCAAGCCGCUGCCUCGUGCACGCAUCACUGAUCGCCCGGUAUCUCGAGCGCAUGAGUAUAUCCGCCGAGCCAGCGUUACAUGUCCCUCGUGCGCUAUUCUCGGCAGCACUGGUAUACUUGUGUGUUUCACAAUAUGCGCCCAAACAUGUUGUAAGUGCGGAGGCGUUUACGUCGCCGGAGGUCAACUUGCUGGGUGAAGGGGCUGCAGAGGCUGCAUGCUGUCCUGGUAGUACGCAGAGUAGUGAGUACUCUGUAUUUACAGAUUUGGAUCAAUUAUAUGGGAUGAUUGACCUACUACAGCGGGGUGGACGUUGGGGUAUUUCACAGGCUUUUGCGCAUGUUCUUUCUACGGUGCUAGAUGAGGGCAAGGGUGCUUAUGGAUAA